AUGGCAUCGUUUGAAGAGCUCACGGAGCAGAUGGCCAACGCCAUGCUGGCACGCCAAAGCUCGAGCACAGGAGCCACCAAGGACUCGACCAGGCCCGACCUGCCGCCGGCGUUCGCGCGGCACGAGGGCAUGACGGUGGACGAGGUCUUCCGGGACCUGAACAAGUCGCCGCUGUUCAUGACGGAGCUGGAGGACAACGACGACGUGGCGGCGCUGCAGGCGCUGGCGUACGAGGGGACGGCGCUGGAGAACGCGGCGGGCUUCAAGGAGCGCGGCAACGAGUGCUUCAAGGUGCGCGGGUUCGUGGACGCCAGGGAAUUCUACACAAAGGGGAUACUGGUCCUCGCGGCCGAGGAGCGCAAGCGCGCAAAGGGGGAGGUCACGCGCAACCCGGAGGGCGAGGAGGACUCGGAGGAGGAGAUAAAGAGCCAGAGGAAGAUGCUCGAGGCCAUGUACGGCAACCGGGCGGCGUGCCACCUGGAGCUGAGCAACUACCGCAGCUGCUGGGUCGACUGCGCGGCGGCGCUGCGGCUGAACCCGGCCAACGUGAAGGCGUGCUACCGCAGCGCGAGGGCCCUGCUGGCCGUGGACCGCAUCGAGGAGGCGGACGACGUGUGCGCGCGGGGGCUGGAGCUGGACCCAGAGAACAAGGCGCUGCGCGGGGUGGCGGACGACAUCAUCAAGCGGGCCAAGUUGGUGGACGCGAAGCGGAAGAAGGACGCCGAGCGGGCUGCGACGGAGAAGCGGAGGGAAAUAUUGCUGCAGGCAGCGAUACAGGCGCGCGGGAUCCCGACUCGCAGCACGGAGAAGCCGCCUGACAUGGAGGACGCGGGGAUAGCGCUGGUGCCGAACCCGGACGACCCGCGGAGCGAGCUGUCGUUUCCUACGCUGCUGCUGUACCCGGUUCACUUCGAGACGGACUUCAUCAAGGGCUUCAACGAGACGCAUACGCUGGAUGACCACCUGGGCUAUGUGUUCCCCCUACCAUGGGACAGUGAGGGUGUGUACACGUCGACAAACGUGGAGUGCUAUGUCGAGACUAUGGAGGGUGGUCUUCUGAAGAUGGGUAGGAAAGUGCCUCUACUCAAAGUCCUGAGCACCGGGAAGGUCGAGGUCGUGGACGAGGUUGUGCGGAUAUAUGUCCUCCCCAAAAAGGAGGCAGAGGGGUGGAUAAAGAAGUUCAAGGAGCAAAAGGCGGCCAUGAAGAGGUAA